GAAGCCUCGUCUCACAGCUGCAUGCAUAGUCACUGUUGAAGGAAAUGCCUACCUAAUUUGACAGUCUUGCUGUGUUUAAACUUUUUUGCAUUUGCAAAUAAGCCUGUUAAAUCUACUGAUGGAGCCUUCAGGCAGUGAACAGUUAUAUGAGGACCCUGAUCCUGGAGGCAGAUCCCAAGAUGCAGAGGCCAGGAAGCAAACAGAAUCAGAACAAAAGUUAUCUAAGAUGACCCACAAUGCUUUGGAGAACAUUAAUGUGAUUGGCCAAGGCUUGAAGCACCUUUUCCAGCACCAGCGAAGGAGGUCGUCAGUGUCUCCACAUGAUGUUCAGCAGAUUCAGGUCGAUCCAGAACCUGACAUGGAUCUGGAAAGCCAGAAUGCAGGUGCUGAGAUUGACGGUGUCCCCACCCACCCCACAGCUCUGAACCGAGUUCUGCAGCAAAUCCGAGUGCCACCCAAGAUGAAGAGAGGGACCAGCUUGCAUAGUAGGCGGGGUAAGCCAGAGGCCCCAAAAGGGAGUCCCCAAAUCAACAGGAAAUCUGGCCAGGAAAUGGCAGCUGUGGCCCAGGCAGGCCGGCCCCGGUCUUCCUCCACAACCGACGCUCCUACAAGCUCCACAGUGAUGGACAUAGCCUGCGCAGCAGCUGCCUGUCUGCCGGGGGAGGAGACACCCGCAGAACGGAUCGAGAGAUUGGAAGUAAGCAGCCUUGCCCAAGCUUCCAGUGCUGUGGCCUCCAGUGCCGAUGGCAGCAUCCACACUGAGUCUGCAGAUGGCAUCCCUGACCCUCAGCGCACGAAGGCAGCCAUCGCCCACCUGCAGCAGAAGAUCCUGAAGCUCACAGAGCAGAUCAAGAUCGCUCAGACAGCCCGGGAUGACAACGUCGCUGAGUACUUAAAGCUUGCCAACAGUGCCGACAAGCAGCAGGCUGCACGAAUCAAGCAGGUCUUCGAGAAGAAGAACCAGAAGUCUGCCCAGACCAUCCUCCAGCUGCAGAAGAAGCUUGAGCACUACCAUCGGAAGCUCCGAGAGGUGGAACAGAAUGGGAUCCCCCGGCAGCCAAAGGAUGUCUUCAGGGACAUGCACCAGGGCCUGAAGGACGUGGGAGCUAAGGUGACUGGUUUCAGUGAAGGUGUGGUGGACAGUGUCAAAGGUGGCUUCUCCAGCUUCUCCCAGGCAACCCACUCGGCAGCAGGGGCUGUGGUCUCAAAGCCCAGGGAGAUUGCCUCGCUGAUACGGAAUAAAUUUGGCAGUGCAGACAACAUCCCUAACCUGAAGGACUCUCUGGAGGAAGGCCAAGUGGAAGAUGGGGCCAAGGUUUUGGGGGUGAUUUCAAACUUUCAGUCCAGCCCAAAAUAUGGUAGUGAGGAAGACUGCUCUAGCGCCACAUCAGGCUCUGUGGGAGCCAAUAGCACCACGGGGGGCAUAGCUGUGGGGGCAUCUAGCUCCAAGACCAACACCCUAGACAUGCAGAGCUCGGGGUUUGAUGCACUGCUCCAUGAAAUCCAGGAGAUCCGUGAGACCCAGGCAAGACUGGAGGAGUCCUUUGAGACUCUCAAGGAGCACUACCAGAGGGACUACUCCUUAAUAAUGCAGACCCUACAGGAAGAGCGCUACAGAUGUGAACGAUUAGAAGAACAACUAAAUGACCUAACAGAACUCCACCAGAAUGAAAUCUUGAACUUGAAGCAGGAGUUGGCCAGCAUGGAAGAGAAAAUUGCCUAUCAGUCCUAUGAACGGGCCCGAGACAUCCAGGAGGCCCUGGAAGCAUGCCAGACCCGCAUCUCCAAGAUGGAGCUGCAGCAGCAGCAGCAGCAGGUGGUGCAGCUGGAGGGGCUGGAGAGCGCCACCGCCCGCAACCUGCUGGGCAAGCUCAUCAACAUCCUCCUGGCCGUCAUGGCAGUGCUUCUAGUUUUUGUGUCCACGGUAGCAAACUGCGUGGUCCCACUCAUGAAGACACGCAACAGGACGUUCAGCACUUUAUUCCUUGUGGUUUUCGUUGCCUUUCUCUGGAAGCACUGGGACGCCCUCUUCAGCUAUGUGGAGCGGUUCUUCUCGCCUCCUAGAUGAUGCCGCCCAACACAGUGCUCCUGCCGUGGUGCAUGCAGAGAGUGAGACGGCAGCCAGCCUGCUCGGGAGCCCUGCAGCAGCAGAAGAAUUGAGUGAAUCUGUUUACAUUUAGAGUAAUGUUUUUUUCUUCAAGAGACACAAUUGCAAUAGUAUUUUUUAGAUUUUAUCCAAGGAGUUUUUUUGGGCAAAAAUCUUGGAUCAUUUUUAUGUAGCAUGAUUUCCUUGGGAUGCAAAUCUUAAACAGUCCUUUAACCUGAACCCAGUCAGGGCACACUGAAGGGCAUUCGGAAUCGUGGCUUGAAGGACGACACUCAGACACAGAACUGGGUAGGACAGCAGUUACGACACCUUCCCUGCCUGAGUCCACUUCUCGCCUGGGCUGACUACUGUGAAAUCCGACCACAUUCCAGGCCUGAAUGUUUGGAUCCAGGGUGGAAGAACAUACCCGCUCCCUAACUUUUCACCCCAGCUGGCCAUUGGUGUGAACCCUGGACGCCCGCUCACUGGUGAACACAGGCCCUGACCCUGCCAGGAGUGACAAUGUUGUGCCCAGAGGGGCCCUGCACAGCCCUGCAGCAUUGUGAAGUAGCCCUCCAGAUCCUUCAUUUUAAGCAAAAUCCCUUGGCCACAAUUUUAAGGUUUGUUUUUUUUAAUAUGUGUAUAGUUACCAACUUAAAAACAAACCCAAACCGCAUACUUGAAGAAUGUAAUACUCAAACUCUCAGUGCUUCCUUAUGGUUUCUAAUAGGAUUUUUAUUAUUGUUAUUAUUAUUACUAUUAUUAUUA